AUUCAUCUACCCAGCCCAGAACUUAACGUUUCUCUAGGGUUUCGAAGUCCCCUGCUUUCUACCCUACGAAAAGGAAGAGCUUCUCUCAUCUCCGCAGCUGCAAAAAACGAAAGGGGCUUGAAUUUCGCAACCAUGAUUAUUCCAGAAAAGAACAGAAGAGAAAUCUCUAAGUAUCUCUUUCAAGAGGGAGUUUGCUAUGCAAAGAAGGAUUUCAACCUUGCAAAGCACCCGGAGAUUGAUGUUCCCAAUCUCCAGGUUAUCAAGCUCAUGCAGAGCUUCAAAUCCAAGGAAUAUGUUCGUGAGACAUUUGCAUGGAUGUACUACUACUGGUAUCUUACCAAUGAUGGGAUUGAGUUUUUGAGGACAUACCUGAAUCUUCCAUCAGAAAUUGUUCCUGCCACCUUGAAGAAACAAGCAAAGCCUGCUGGUGGUCGGCCAUUUGGUGGCCCACCUGGUGACCGUCCCCGUGGCCCACCUCGCUUUGAAGGAGACCGCCCAAGAUUUGGUGACCGUGAUGGUUAUCGAGGGGGCCCUCGAGGGGGUGAAGGUGGUGAGAAGGGAGGAGCUCCAGCAGAUUACCAGCCUGCAUUUAGGGGAUCUUUCAGGGCUCUGGUGGAAGGCCGGGCUUUGGUCGUGGAGGAGGAGGUUAUGGGGCAGCACAAUCUAGUUCUCCUGGCUUUGCUUGAAGGUCUUGCUAAUCCUUCCAUACCUUUGUGUUUUUACUUAACUAGUGGUGCAGAGCUAAGAAAUAUUUUGUCCCCCUGUUCUCUCUUAGCAAUUUGAAUCUCUGGAACAACAAUACUAAGAUAGUUAAGAAUUAAUUUUGUCCAAGAUAUGCUUCUUGAUGAAAAGGAACUCAGACUGAUCUGCUUUAUCCUUCAAUGGUUGAUUUUUUUAUGCCACUUUUUUCUUA